UCUCUCCUUCAAAGCAAAUGAAAGGUGGCCUUCUUUGGGAACAAAGUCUCUCAACAAAUCCUAUCUUAUCAAAAAAAACUACAACCCAUCCUAAAAGCCACCGCUGCCAUUUGUUAUGCCUUGAGUAAUCUCCAAGCUUCCUUCCUUCCUUUCUUCUUCCUCUGUUCUUCUCUGUUUUUCAAGCUUUUUUCCUUCCUCCCAUGGAGAAACUCCAAUACGGCUUGGUGCUAACUGUGUCUGUAGUCGCCUCCCUCGGCGUUGUCUCCUUCGUUUCAUGCAUAGCCGCUGAGAUUAAGAGAACAAGGGAGGAUGAGAUCAAGUUGGUUGGAAGACUCUGUAAAUUGCCGGGAAGUCACGCAUUUGGGUUCGGAAUUGCAGCAUUGAUCUGUUUAAUUGUGGCUCAGGUGGUCGGAAAUUUGGUAGUAAUAUGCAGUCAUUUUUGUUCAAGAGAGAAGAAGAGUAGCGGUUCGAAAGCCAAACAACCAAUGAUUUUGAUUGCUCUUCUGUUCAUCUCUUGGAUGAGCUUUGUAAUGGCAGUGACAUUGAUAAGCACAGCUACUAGCAUGAGCAGAAAGCAAUCCUAUGGAGAAGGAUGGCUUGAUGGUGAAUGCUACCUGGUCAAACAAGGAAUCUAUAUUGGUUCAGGAAUACUGGUCCUGAUUACUGUUGGUUCCACACUAGGCUUAGUGAUCAUAACUAUGAGGAAGAGUCAAGUUGAAGAAGGCUUCAAAGGAGAGCAAAGCAAGCUGAACACCAAGUUGUAGAUUAGAUUCUUAACAUUAAGAGACUUCUUUUUGUAAAGACAGAGGGGGUAUGAUCCUCGAACUAGAUUCCCCUAGGCGACGUGACAGCAAUACCAAACACACAUGUAUAGCCAAAAUUACCAGAGAAUUUAUAAUUCUUACUUUAAUAAAAAUUGAGACACAAAGGGCAUGAUUAUUAGUAUC